AUGAAUCGCUCUCUUAGCCGUGACAUGAUCGAAGAGACUGAGUUCACGCGGGCUGGUGUACAGGUCGAGCUCAAGAAGCGGAAACGGCAAUUUGCCAACCGCACCAAGACUGGCUGUGGAACAUGCCGUAGGAGGAAGAAGAAGUGCGACGAGGCCAAACCAGAAUGCAACAACUGCACACGCGGUGGCUUUGUCUGUGAAGGCUAUGCCAACAAGGUACCUUGGCCGAAGAAUGGACCCGCCAAACCACCUGCACUGAUAGCCAAGGACAAGCUCGCUGCCUACCCUACGUGCCCAACUUGUCAAGAAACGCACACACCUCACUGCAGACCACCUCACAGCUCUGAAGUGUCAUACACACCCUCUGAGAUGCAUUCAACCAACAGUAUCGAUCGCAAGUCAUGGAAACCUUGGAGUGACUCUGCGCCUGCACCGCCGCCAGUCCGAGCUGCCUACCAGCCAGAGCCGCCGCCACCACCACCAUCAGUACAGUACAUGCAACCUGCGGUCAACCACUAUGAAAGGCCUUCAAGCCUGGACCAUAGACCUGUACCUCAACAGCAACAGCAGCCACACCACAGUUCUCGUGGUUAUCACCAUGCUCCGCCGAGCACGACUCAUCUCGCUAUCAACACUGCUGUCCCUACCACCAUGGCCGCCAAGCCUAUCCAGCAGCUGCAUGUGGCACCGCAGCAUCAGCCUCCUCCUCCACCACCAACAUCCUUGCCACCUACACGUUCACCAACGCGCUACUCCUCGUCGUCUACAUCGACCAUGUACAGGUCUGAAAAAGACAAGAUGCUUGCUGGAGAGCCAUUCAACCCCUUUGACAAGGCCUUGAUGCAAGAGCGUCAUUUGAGCGCGCAAGCACAAUCUUAUUUCAACGGCAAAGUUAACCCUUCCAACGUUCUAUCGAGUCACACGGUCGACCACUUUUUCAAACAAAUCCUGAACGCGGGUAAGAGAGGUGAGGAAGGGAGACGAAUCGAAACUCAUAUGGCUGAGACCUGUCAUGUUGCUGCGCCCUUUGCUUGCGACUACGGCUACCAUCUGAGUUUGGGUGAGAAUGUCGUCAUCGGCGCUGAUUGUCGUUUUCAUGACUCGGCGAGGAUUGCCAUCGGAAGGAACUGCAAGAUUGGGGUUCGAGUCACUAUACAGACUCUGAAGACGCCGACCGAUACAAAAUCCCCGAAAGGCAGCAACGGCGGCACAGAGGUUGCGCAGGAGGUCCUUAUCGGAGAGAACGUUGUGUUCUAA